AUGGCGGUACCGGAUGCCCCAGGGCGCGAUGCCAACGAUGUCUUCCUCGAAAACGCACACCUAACCUACAUUGUACCAUUUACUACAAAAUUCAACCCUGACGAAGCCCUCCGGCAAGGUGAAGGCUCCUUCGAAAAUGAAACCGUCGAUGUCUACUUAAUACUGCGAACACAAUGCGCCGACGAACAGACGCUCCGCCUACAUUUGCGACGACUCGUCAUCACCUUAGAUGCCCAGAUCGUCAAUAGCCAUUCGCAAGACCUAAACAGCCCCCCUGCGUCCGAGAUCAUAUUUAGUGGUGGAGUGGAGGAUGUCGAAGACGUUUUCAUAGUGCCAGACGAGGUCGAAGAUGGAACCAAGUUUGUCUAUGCUGUCUGGAAACUGUCAGUGUUCUUGGGUCGUCCCAGGAUCCGGCUACAGAUUCCGUCGGUUGUCUUUUCAGGGACAGCAGGUCUCAAGCAAGCAGACCCAGAAAACAAUCCUGACCAAAGAGAUGGCUACAUGCUAAGCUGUGUGCCCUCCGGCAUGAAUAUGCUCGAUUCCUUUGCCAGCGACCCAAUGCUGGGCGGCAUCAAGCCCCAUCUCUCAGCCCAGAGAGUAUCCCGAGUAGCGCCAGCAACCCAAUCCAAAGAAUCCCUCCGUCGCAUCCCGGGCCUUCAAAACCUCAAACUCAAGAUCUUCCCCCUCCUCCACUGCCGAGUCCGUUUCUCCCGACCAAAUACCUCACCCCCCAGCCCAGCCCUCAUCGCCCUCGUCGAAACCGACUUCACCCCCUACUUCGACUGCGAAGCCUCCCUCAACAAAAUCUCCCUCGACGUCACCAACGGCACCGCAGAGGACCUCAACAACCAACCCGGGAUGCGCCUCCCCCUAAGCUGCGUCGCCCACGACCACCUCACCUUCCUCUACAAGCUCACCCCUUCCUCCCUUGACCUCGCCACCACCAAAGGCCCCAUCCGAGACCGCGACCUGGUCAUCACAAUCGAAAUCUCCAUCCUCGUCCGCCCAGACUCGGAAUCAAACCCUUGCACCCCCAAACUCUCCAUGACGUGGACAACACCCCUAGACUUUACCCUCCCCGUCAACCCCGGCUUCGGCCAACCAAUGACGCAACCCAUCCAGCGGUCCCACCGCCCAAGUCAGCUGUCCAUUUCGGGGGGUGUUGACUCCCAACCGUUGGUUUCUCCUUCAGUCAUCCGCCCGGACGCGCUUCCUUCUCUCGAAGCGGCAACUAGAUCAGCAACGGAAACCACCCUCCCCGACUUUGGGAUUACCCUCACCUUUACCGGGCCGGAUAAACCGGUGUAUGUAGGCGAGGAGUUUGUCUGGACGGUGUUUGUUGUUAACCGCUCCCGUCCCACGUCGAUGAUUGCUCCUGCUGGGAUGCAUUUGUCGUAUUCGUCCAUGACGGCUUCCAUGACGGCAUCGUCCCAGGCAAGGAAGUUGAUGCUUUUGGUGGUGCCGCACAGGAGGAGGAACGAGGGGGGGGCGUUGGGGAGACCGACGAUGAGGGGGAAUAUGGGUGGGAAGAAGGACAGUGGUAUGGCGGAUGCGGUGCUGGAUGAGAAUGUGGUUUAUGCGAUGCAGAAGGCUGGGGGGGUGGAUAAUACCGAGGUGGUGUGUCUGUCGGCGGAUGUGAGGGUCGGACCGUUGGCGGCGAAUGCGUGUAGUGUGGUGGAGUUGAGGUUUUUGGCGUUGAGGGAGGGGGUUGUUGGGGUGGAGGCGGUGAAGGUGGUCGAUUUGGGGAGUCAGGAGCAUGUGGAUGUGAGGGAGUUGCCUUUGGUGGUUGUGAGGAGGAGGGAGUAG